AUGCACACAAGAGACAGAAGGCCCGUGCCCGCAAAGACGGGAAGACCCCAAGCUCGCGCGCUUUCCCUCCUGCUUUCAACCGCCCUACAUUUCGCGGUUCUUGCUGCCGUGUUGCUUGUUUCUUCUCUUCUGGGUCCACUGCCUGAGCUCUUUCGCUCUGUGUCUGGACCUGCCUCGCCAUCUUCUGUCGCCUCCUCUUCCUUUGUGCCGUGGCUCUUUGCGGAUGCAGUGUCAGACCCGCCGUCUGCCGAGCAUGCAGAAAGCCUUUCGUUCGGGCUCCGAGGGGACCGCAGAGAAGCAGAGAACGCCGCGGGUUCUCUGCUCAAGCCUCGUCGAUUGAGCGCUGCAGAAGACUCCACAGCGGAGGGGAAAAGCGUUGCAGACCUCGCUCACCCGCUGGACGUCGUCGGCGUGCUCGCCAUUGGCUCUGCGAGCAUCAUUGCUGUUGCAGCCGGCGCGGGAGGCGGCGCGAUUUACGUCCCGAUCAUGAUUCUUGUCAUGGGAUUCACCGUAUAUGAAGCCACAGCCACGAGUCAGGCUCUCAUGUUCGGGGGGUCUCUUGCGGGCACGUGUCUUAACCUCUUUCGCCGUCAUCCUUUCGCAGAUCGUCCCGCCAUUGAUCUUGAUUUGGUUUUGCUCAUGGGCCCUAUGCAGAUUGCUGGUGCAACCUACGGCUUGGUGAUCAACCGAUGCUGGCCUGUGUACCUGAUCAUGGCCGUGUUGGUGGUUCUGCUCUUUGCGACUGCGUACAAGACUUCUCGGCAGAUGAUGCGACUCAAGAGGGAAGGCGCAGCCGCGCGGAAAUUGUUGGAGCAGCGCAGCGGGAGCGUGUGCGAAGUCCUGCAAGCGGAGGAGCUGGAAGAGGAAGAGCGCGCACAGCGCUGCACGGACGUGCGAGGAGACGCGAAAACUGACCCCACGCAGGGCGCAGACCGCGACGCGACACAGGCAGCGGCCGCAAACGAAGGCCUCGACGGAGGUGACGCAGCGAAGCGAGACGCCAGGAAGUCAGACUUUGAAUUCGUGCCUGUGACGCAAAGUGAAACCGAGAACAGCGAUGGGGAGUCCCAGAGAGCAAAGAGUCAACAAGACAGCAGAUCGACCGCGAACGCUGGCGACGGCGAGGCACACGGAGAAAACCUUGCCGACGCUAGUCCCCGCCACGGCGCCUGCGAAGGAGAUGAACAUCGCAUCACUGUGCCUUCUCUGGAGCCGAAGCCACGUGAAAGCGAGAGAAGGAAAGGAUCAGCCCUCACUGGGUCUUCGCCCGACACUGUGCCGCUCGCGACUGCGCCUCAGUCGUUGCGUUACGCCCUACGUGGACACAGUUCUGUCAAAUGGUUCGCCAUGUUUGUCGUCUAUGCCAUCAACUUGGUGUUCACCAUCGUCAAGGGCGGUCCCCGGACGCGAUGGCAGAUCGUUCCGUAUUGCGGGCUCACCUACUGGGGCGUGUAUGUCCUCGGCGCAGUCUUCCUGAUGUGCUGCUCGUACGUUGAGGCAAUUUGCCUGUGGAGGAAACACGCAAAGGAAAAGCAAAAGGUCGAAGCCGCAGAGGCAUCCGCGCCGGCCGUGAAGCAGAAGGGCGAGCUCGAGUAUACCCUAGCACACCUUCACAGUCUCAUGGCCAUUUCCUUGGUAGCUGGCAUGAUGGCCGGCAUCAUCGGAAUCGGAGGAGGCCUCAUUUUGGGUCCGUACCUCCUUGUCAAGGGCGUGCCGCCAGCCGUCACGACGUCGGUGAACACAACCUUGAUUCUCUUCACGAGCUCUUCCGCUGCAGCCAUCAGCAUUGCCUCAGCGACUGCUCCGUGGGACUAUUGUCUUCUUCUCUUUGGCGUGUGCUUCCUGACCACUCUCAUCGGCAAGGCUGUCGUUGACAAACUUGUGAAGCGAUACCACGCAGACUACAUCCUUGUUCUGCUCCUUCUCAUCAUCAUGCUCGGCUCGGUUGUCUGUACUGUUGUUUCGGGCGUUUUGACGAUCAAAAAGGGCGAGCCGAGAGAUCUGAGUUUCAAAUCUCCAUGCUAUUGA